UAUCAUUAGCGUUUCAGUUACACAAACAGUUAUGUGGCAUGUAUUUCUCAGACGUGUGAAAAGGAUAGCUUCAAAAUAACUUGGUAGUCUCACCUUUUUUCAACGGCAAAUAAUGUUGGUGCUGCUGUACACGGUACAGGAUUGACGUUUGACCUUUAUUUAUUUUGACGUUUACUAUCUUCAACAAUGAAUGUACGGGAAAUUGUUUUGUAAGGAGAAAGUGCAUGUAUUUCUUCAAGAACAUUGAUAACUAACGGUAUAAUUUACCGAGUGCAACAUGGAUCUAGCGAAAUCACUAUUUAGUUCCCGUGAUCAUGAGGGAUACGUGGGAAGGGAAGAUCAUGAACGCAAAAUAAGUGCUGCGUUAGCAGAUGACGAUCCGGAGGAUAUGAUAGACGCUAUACGAGGCUUGAAUAUUGCUGAUGAACUGCUGCCAGCACCUGGAGGCCCGUUUUCUGCGCUUACACCUAGCAUGGUACCUCAAGAUAUAAUGGCAAAAUUGGCACAACCAGAAUCUGAAGGCCAUGGAGGAGGUCUGCCAGACUACAGAUUUGACGAAUUCGGAUUUUGUGUAGAAGAAGAAGAUGAGCCAGAACAAAGUUCGAAAAAGUUAUUAUCUGAUGCAUUUGUAGAGGAUGAUCAACACCGCCUGCAGUGGGAGUUUUAUAGUAAAGAAAUAAACUUUUCUGAAGGUGAUGGAAAACUAGAAAAAACAGAUAAGUUACAGAAAAUGGUAAAAGAUGGUGUCCCACAUUCUUUACGUCCUCAGGUAUGGAUGCAUUUAUGUGGUGCAAAUAAAAAACGAGCGUCUACAGAAAUAACCUACCAUGAAAUCGUUAGAGCAUCUAGUGACGAUGGUUUGGUAACUAGUAAACAGAUUGAAAAAGACUUAGUCCAAAUUUUACCAAAUAAUGUUUGCUUCUCUCACCCUACAAGCACUGGUGUGCCAAGGCUACGCAGAAUUUUGAGAGCUUUGGCAUGGCUUUACCCUGAUAUUGGAUACUGUCAGGGUACUGGAAUGAUAGCAGCAUCACUUCUACUACUCAUGGAAGAAGAAGAUGCGUUUUGGAUAAUGUGCACAACAGUGGAAGAUUUAUUGCCAGCAUCAUAUUAUUCCUCGACAUUAAUAGGUAUCCAAGCUGAUCAGAAAGUUUUAAGAAGCCUUAUCUCCACAUAUUUGCCAGGUAUUGACCAGGUUUUGAAUGCCCAUGACAUUGAACUCUCACUGAUAACCAUGCACUGGUUUCUAACAUUGUAUGCGAAUGUAGUGCACAUGAAAAUAUUGCUUCGAAUUUGGGAUCUGUUUUUCUUGGAUGGGUCCUUAGUACUUUUUAAAGUUACCUUGGCUAUGCUGAAGAUAAAAGAAAAUCGUUUUAACGAAAUCUCAAAUUCCGCUCAGAUUUUUAAUGCACUCUCGGACAUUCCUGGUGAAAUUGACGAAGUUGAUAUUUUGAUCAAAACAAUUGACGAAGUAUGUGGAGACACUUUGAGCCCUACGUUGAUCGAUACCCAUAGAAGGCGACACCUAGCGUAUCUGAUGGCUGAUCAGGGGGCUCUAGUAGGAAAUCCUAGUGCAGUACCCAAUUUACCAAAGCAACAGCUUCAGAGACGUCAAAUAAAAAAAACAAAGUCAGUCAUACAGACUAUACUUUUUGGAGAAGAUAGUAAUAAUGAAGACGCCGUAUCAAAGAACGUUAAACAAACCGAAAUAUUAGUUGAUCUUAGAGAAGCUAUCCUGCAAGUAGCUCGACACUUUCUAGCUCUCGAACCACAACUAACGUCAGAGGUUCAAUUGACCGCAGACUACACCAUGCAAAGUCAUGCGGCUGAUAGAGAAAGAUACGUAAAUGUUUCACGAAGUAAAAGAAGACGUGCAAAAGCUUUAUUAGAUUUUGAACGAAGAGAUGGAGAUGAAUUGGGUUUUAGAAAAAAUGACGUCAUUGAAGUAAUUAGCUCUAGAGAUGAACAUUGUUGGAUCGGAGAAUUAAAUGGACUGAGAGGCUGGUUCCCUGCCAGAUUUGUGAAGUUACUGGACGAAAAAGGCGUCAAGUACAGCAGAGCAGGUGACGAUUCAGUCACAGAAAAAGCUGCACAUCUAGUCAGAGGAGUUUUAGCUCCCGCAUUUAAAAGAGUGCUGUUACAUGGCAUAAAACGACCCAGCUUCCUAGACGGACCUUGUCAUCCAUGGCUUUUUAUUGAAGAGGCAUCGUCGCGUGAAGUUGAAAAAGAUUUUAAUUCUGUCUAUAGCCGCUUAGUCUUGUGUAAAACAUACCGUUUAGAUGAAGAUGGAAAAGUUUUGACCCCUGAGGAGUUAUUAUACAGAUGUGUGCAAGCCAUUAAUUUAUCCCAUGACAAUGCCCAUGCACAAAUGGAUGUAAAAUUACGCACACUAAUAUGUAUGGGGCUUAAUGAAGAAGCUUUGCAUUUGUGGCUUGAAGUAUUAUGCUCUUGUGUCGACGUAGUUCAAAAAUGGUAUCAUCCGUGGUCUUUCAUAAACUCUCCAGGAUGGGUGCAAAUUAAAUGUGAACUACGAAUUUUGUCUCAGUUCGGCUUCAACUUAAAUCCUGAUUGGGAACUGCCUUUGAAAAAAGAUACGCAGAAUCAGCCUCUAAAGGAAGGAGUUAGAGAUAUGCUUGUGAAACAUCACUUAUUUUCGUGGGACCUAUAAAUGUUGUUAUUAUUGUUGUAUAGAUUUCCAUUUGUCUUAUGCUGCUGAUAAAUAUGUAAAUAAUAUUAUUGUAUAUUAAACACGCACUAUUUGCCUAAUCGAAAAAUAUAAUAAUUUAAAGCUUACUUCGAGUACUGAAUAAAUUAUAAAAAUAAUGAAA